AUGUCUGAUAUAUUGGAUGAUGAAUAAGCAUAUUUGAAGAGAUGGUAUAAGUUUGCUAAAAUUCACAAAACUAUCCCACCUCCUAAGAAGGAUACUCAUCUUGAAUCUCUUUGUUAUAGAAUCAAAAUCAGAGACAUCUGUAACAUUCCAACCAAAAAGGAAGUAUAGUAGUCAAUAAGAAUACUCUUAAAUUUAUACAAUUCAACCUCUAAGGAGUUUUUUGGUAGAACCUACGAAUCUCCAUUUCUGGAACUGAUCUACUCUCAAGCAAAUUAAUAAUUGGAACACCCAGAGGUUUUCUGUUAUUUUCAUUUGCGUCAAAUUGAAUCUAUAUAAGUUGCUGUUGAGAUCGUCUUAUUUGAGAAAAAGGAUUAAGUUAUAUAAAAUAGAUAGAUAGUUGGUUGGUGUUUGGGGGAUAUUGGUCAAGAAAUGAAAUACACUCUAAAACGAGGAUCCUCUCGAUUCUUAAUCAGUAAUCAAUCUAAUUCGGAAACAGUUGGACAGACAAUGUGGGUGGAAGUCGUUGAGAAUAAGGAAUUUACUUAAAUUAAGAAUUUGAUUCCAGAGGGUUGUCUUUGUGGAUAUGGAGAUGAAGUAUUAGGAGUUCAUGGAUAUCAAAUAAUCUCACAAUUGGCUCUGACCUAGGAAUAAAUUGCAUAUGUCACUUCCAUUGAAAUAUUGGUCCCAACUUCAGUUGAUCUUUUGAUAUAAGAGUACCUCAAGAAGUAUAAGGAAGUCAAGUAUAAAGAUGAUGGACCAAACGAAGUCCAUUUUCUGGCUAAGAGAUUGGUAUUCACAUUUCACAAUGGAUGGAAUUACACUAAUACAAGAGGAUUAAAUAACUUUAUAACUUUGGAAGAAUCCUCUUUCUAGAAAAGUAUAGAUAACUAGAAGAUUGAUUAUAAAAAGCUCACUUUCAAGGGUGCUCUAGAUGUAAAUGGAAUAUAUUAAGAACCUAAAUUGGGAGUCUUCAUCAUCUAAUUAGAAUAUGAUGUUGAAUUUAUGGUUACAAAUCUUGGUAAAUAAAGAACCACUGUUUUGUGCGGUUGGUUACCAUUAGUACCUAAAUCUACUUUUGAAGAGGAAUUCAUUAUUGGUCCAGGAAGGUCUCUUAGUAACUAAGUGUUAGUCGAUCUUAGUGAUAUUAAAUACCCAAUCACCAUUUCUGGAAAGAUAAACUUUGGAUCCAUUCAAACUCAACAUCUACCUGGACCCAUGAUUAAUCAAUAGGUUUAUUAACCUAUGGAUGCUCCGAGUUUGGUCAAAUUACCUGAAUAAGGAGGUGGUUAAUAACUAGGAAUGGAUGAUGACUAAAGAAAAAUCAAGCAGUUAGAAAAUACUUUAAAAUAACUUUAAUAAGAUAGACAAGUGAGUGCAACCAAUUUGGCUAUGGAUUUUGAAAAUAAACUUAAAAUUGAUAAAUAAAGAGAAUAAGAAUAUUAGAAGAUGGUCGAAACUAUUAAGAAGCAACAUGAAGAGGAAAUUUAAAAGAUUCUAGAAUAAUAUGAAGAUCUAAAGAAGAUGAUGACAGAUAUUAAUCAAACUCAAUAAUAAUAUUUAACAAAAGCAUAACCAACUUCAGCAUCUUUAUUAGGACAAUAGUAGGUUUUAUAAGAUUAAAAGGAAUUAGAAAAAUGGAGAAUCAUAGAAUCUAUGACAUCAGUUCCGAGGAAAACAUUUUACAAAACUCAAUAGCAGGAUCUAAUGGUUGAAGCCUAAUUUGGAGGCUAGGCAUUAUCUAGAGGAGAUAUAGCAUUCCUCAGUUAGAAUGGAGUGAGAGAAUUGUUUAUUCAACAUACAGAUUACGUUGAAAAUGAUGAAAUUAAAUAAAAAUCACUGCAAUAUGAAUUGGCUGAUCAUAGAUAGGCUAUCACUGUGUUCAUUUAAUUACUCUCAUUUAAACCAAGAAUCACCAUGAAAUCUAAAGAUCUAGAACCCACUGUCUAUCACUAUUCAGAAGAGUCGAGAAUCCCAAGUAGAUUAUUUAUGAUAGUCAAUUUUUAUGAUUUCCCAGAAUAUGUCACAGAACCAUUAAUUUAUGAGAAUGGAUUUGAUAGAUCUUCUUAUACAAGAUGUUUGGAACAAUCUAUCCCUUUUCUUUUGAUCAGAGAACAAUUUCUUAAAACAGGAGCAUCCUAUAAAGAACCUGUAUUUAAAUUUGAAGUUGAACCUUCUUCAAUCGGAUAUCCUAAAGCCUAUAAGUAUUUUUGUGAGUAUUUAUUUAACAAAUGCGUAACAAUUGAAAUUUGGGAUUAUGAUUCCAUGAUGAUUUUUGGAACCAUAAGGCUUCCUUUAAGAUAAUUAUUAAGGUAAGGAUAAGAUGCAUCAGUUGUCAUGAGGAAGGCUGAUAUCAUUGAUAAAGAGUUUAAGAAGAUCAAAGGAGAGUUACAAGUCUUAAUUAAGUGUGUUGGUAAAGAGGAUAGAGUGACUGAGGUUUUGGAUAAUAAUAGUCAGAUGAAGAGAAAAGUAAUAUCGACUAAAAAAGUCGAGCCUUUGCAUAUUUUAGAGGAUGAAGAGAAGGAAAUAAUUAAGUAGGAUCCUAAUGAAAGGAUUAAGGAGAGAAUCAAAAGAAUAAGAAGAUAAGAAGUUCCCAAUGGUACAAAUAGUACUAAGACACUUAUGGAAAUAACUAAGAGGAAGGAUUUGUCUAAGAAUGCUUUUGUUCAUUCUGUCAUUUAAAGUCAUUUGAGUGAUGAAAAGGUGAUACACCCAUUCUUUGGGAAGGUAGAAAUAGUUGAACUUGAAUUCAGAAAUCCAUAUGCGACUGGAUAGAACUUUGUAAUCUGCAUAGAUGAUUAGGAGAUGAAAUGUUCUGGUAUUUAAGAAAUUCACUUAAUUCAUCAACCAGUAGAAUGGAAAUACUAUGUAGAUUUGUACAAUCAUUCAAAACCUUAGGAAUUCAAUAUGAUAUAAGCCAAUCAGAAUAACUUUACUAUGUUUCUAACUGCUAAGGAAAAAGUGGUGCUUCUGUUUAAAUAUUAGACUUUUAGGGAGGUUAAUCAAGAAUAUACUGAAUUGUAAAAGACUGAAGAACUCUUUACCAUUAAAGGCAAAUAGUUCCUCACUUAAUACAGUUAUCCAAGACAAGUUGCUGUGUUUAUCAAUACAAUCGAAGGAUAAUGUGUUGGAGGAAUGAGAGUCAAAAUAUUUCCUCAUAGUAACACCAUAGAUCAUGUUUACAGAUUUUAUGAAAGAGAUAAUCGAUAAGUAUCUAUUCAAUUCCCUGCAUUAUAUGGAUACACAGUACCAGCACCAGACAAGAAACCUAUUUUAUUUUGCAAUAAUGAACAACUAGUGGUUGAAUGGGCUAAUGAUUUUGAAAUCAGAAUUAGUUUACGUAUGCCUGAAGUGAAUAAAUAGUCAGUCUUCUACAUCUUGGCGUAUCAAGACACUUAUUUCAAAGAAUUAAUAGCUAAUUGGCAAAUUAAACUCACGAGUUUAGCUGGAAUUGGGAUUGAAGUACCUUUAGGUUAAGUUUAAAAUACAAAGUUAACUGUUCAUGUUGAGAUUUCAAGAUAGGUGAAAUUUUACUCAUCUCAUCCUAUAUGUGUUUGGUUUCCAUAACCCUACGAUUAGUUGGUUAAUUUGAUUCCAGGGAAAAUCAACAUUGCUAAUCUGUGUGUGAGAUUAUUCACUGAGUAGAUUCACAAGGUUAUGGUUACUUGUGUAGAUGAAUAAUCUCAUGAAUUAGUCAGAGGAUGGAUUUUAAAUAUUUCACCUACUGUUCCUCCUAUUAGUUAAGUGUUUGACAUCCAGGCUCCCAGAGAUCAAAUGAAGACUUACAUUGUUAAAUAUGCUAAUAAAUAAAAUAAUGAAGUCCUUUUAAUUUUUAAAUCAUCCAAUACACAAAUAUUAAAACUUGUUGAAACCAGAUAUUUAUUCAAGGCUUAAUAGAUACAAGAUAUUACAUUAUAAAUUCACAGAGUGGGUGAAAUGGAUAAAGCAGAAGUUAAAGUGUUUAUUGGUGAUGAAGAUAGAUCAAGAGAUACAUUUGAUUGUUUGUUAUUCAGAAUCGCCUAUAUUUGA